AGUGCCGGCGCUGGCACCGCCCCUGCCCCGCCGCCACGGGAUGGAGCCGCCGGUGCUGUCGAACACCGAGGAGCUGGUGGAGCUGUACCGGGAGCUGAGCCGGCACCCGGGGCUCAACGCUGCCUGCCUCGGCCCUAACGUCACCACCCAGUACGGGGGCAAGUACUGCAGCCUCUACACCGAGUGGUCGCAGCGGGACCUGGCGCGGGCUGAGAACAUCAAGUUUUGCCGCCAGUACCUCAUCUUCCACGAUGGGGCCUCUGUCGUCUACUCGGGGCCUGCCGGCACCUGCUCCGAAAUCAAGGAUGAGCUGCUGAGCCAGGAGUCGCCCAGCGGGGCGCUGAGGGCCGUCCUGCGCAAGGUCCCCGGCAAGGAGAAGGAGAAGCAGUUCCUGGAGGUCUGGGAUCAGGACCAUAAGGUGAAGAGCAUCGACCUGACGGCGCUGGACAAGCACGGCAGCGUCUACGACGAUGACCAGUUUGGCUGCCUGGCCUGGUCGCACUCGGAGACCCGCCUGCUCUACGUGGCGGAGAAGAAGCGUCCCAAGGCCGAGUCCUUCUUCCAGAGCAAAGCCCCCGAGCUGGGCGCCUCCAAAGAACACAUGGGCUGCCCCGAGAAGGAUGAUGCACCCCUCAAGGGCGAGCAGUUUGUGUACCACGAGGACUGGGGGGAGGCGCUGAGCAGCCGCAGCGUGCCCGUCCUCUGCGUCCUGGACCUGGAGGGCAGCAGCCUCUCAGUGCUGGAGGGCGUCCCAGAGCACCUCUCCCCUGGCCAGGCUUUCUGGUCCCCCGGCGACACCGGCGUGGUGUUCGUGGGCUGGUGGCACGAGCCCUUCCGCCUGGGGCUGCGGCACUGCACCAACCGCCGGUCAGCGCUUUUCUACCUGGACCUGGCGGGCGGGAGCUGCGAGCUGCUCUCUGAGGACACCAAGGCCGUGUUUUCCCCGCGGCUCAGCCCCGACUGCUGCUUCAUCGUCUACCUGGAGAACGACACCCUGGGCCCCCACCAGCAGUGCAGCCGCCUCCGCAUGUAUGACUGGUACACCGAGUACACCAGCACGGUGCUGGAGGCCGUGCCGCGGCAGGCGUGGGGUGCCUUCCCGGGCAUCUACUGCAGCGCUCUGCCGGGGCUGUGCUGGGCGGCCGACAGCCGCAGGCUGGUGCUGAGUACGGCCCAGCGCAGCCAGCAGGACGUGUUCGUGGUGGACACAGUGACGGGAGCCACGACCUCGCUGACAGCUGAUGGCCCCCAGGGAAGCUGGUCUGUCCUCACCAUCAACUGGGACCUCUUGGUGGCCAGGUUCUCCACCCCUAGCUGUCCCCCCACACUGAAAGUGGCCAUUUUGCCCAGCGCUGGCCGGGAGGCGCAGAUGCGGUGGGUCAGCCUGCAGGAUGCACCCCCCGUGCCUGGCAUCAGCUGGGGCAUCCGCACCCUGCAGCCCCCGCCGGAGCAGGAGCACCCCCAAUACGAGGGCCUGGACUUCGACGCCAUCCUGCUGCGCCCGAGCGAGCGCCUCGCCACCCAGAAGCACCCCCUGGUCGUGAUGCCCCAUGGGGGUCCCCACUCUGUCUUCACGGCCAAGUGGAUGCUGUACCCGGCGGCACUGUGCCGCAUGGGCUUCGCCGUGCUGCUGGUGAAUUACCGUGGCUCACUGGGCUUCGGCCAGGACAGCGUGGCCUCCCUGCCGGGCAACGUGGGCACGCAGGAUGUACGCGAUGUGCAGCUCUGCGUGGAGCGGGUGCUGCAGGAGGAGUCGCUGGACGCCGGGCGAGUGGCGCUGGUGGGCGGCUCGCACGGGGGCUUCCUGGCGUGCCACCUCCUCGGCCAGUUCCCCGACACCUACCACGCCUGCGUGGUCCGCAACCCCGUAGUGAACAUCGCCUCCAUGGCGACCAUCACCGACAUCCCCGACUGGUGCCUGACAGAGACGGGGCUGCCCUACACCCCCAACACCCUGCCGGACCCGGCCCAGUGGACGGAGAUGCUGCACAAGUCGCCGAUGCGCUACGUCGACCGGGUCCGCGCCCCCGUCCUGCUGAUGCUGGGGGAGAACGACCGGCGCGUGCCCCCCAAGCAGGGGCUGGAGUUUUACCGUGCCCUCAAGGUCCGGGGGAUCCCCACACGGCUGCUCUGGUACCCAGGGAACAACCACGCGCUGACCGGCGUCGAGGCGGAAGCCGAUGGCUUCAUGAACAUGGCGUUGUGGCUGCUCAAGCACCUGCGGUGCUAACAGCCCCCCUGCCCCCCCUCCCCCAAAUAAACGAUAUAGUUUAACACCC